AUGGCGACGGUCAGUCGACGACAAAACGUGCGCGAGAGACGGCCGCUUUACCUCCACGCCACCACUACCGGCACUACUUGGACGGGAAAUCGCGCAUUCCUCGAUACGCGGCCUCAUAUCGGUCUGCAGCAGCAGCAGCGCUUGUCUGUGUACGAACCUAUGGUGGGCGGUGCGGUGCGGUGUGUUCGGAAACGCUUACGACGUCUAGCCACUCUAGCCCUCGAGUCUCGGUGA